AUGGAGGACAACCAAUCAGAUACAGAGUCACCUAAGCAGGGAUCAAGCCAGCAGCAACCGAGAUCAGCUCCGUCGCCGGGGGACAUGCAGCAAACAAAGAGGACUAAGAGUACACCCACCCCAGGGCCGGUGGCCAGGGUGGCAGGGAAAUGGAUUAGGCACACCUUGGAUUUGGCGUCUACAAGAAAGAACUUCAUGCCGGCAGAAACCGUCAGGAAUUUGUUUGUAAGAUUGGAUGAGCUCGAAACAGCGGUUACGGACUUGGUGAUAGAGAAUCACCAACUCAGGAGCCAGGUUGAGGAGGCCAGGAGGUCGGCGGAAAUUUGCGUGGGUGCGGCCGCCUCGCAGUUUGGAACAGAGUUACGUCUUCGGGAUGCGGCACAUGAACAGACAAUGGAGGCUAUUAUCACGAGAUAUGCCGAGAAGGAGGCCGUCAGAAUACAUGAGUUAGCUGCUGCUGUGGCACCGGGGCCGGUGGUGCAGGAUCAGGUGGAGAAUGUGGGUGUGGCGACCUUUGCGGCAGUCACCAGGAGGAAGGUAGCACGAUCAACUGACCGUGCAGUUGAUCGCUCAAGGUCAAGGGCAACUCAGCGCAAUAGGAAAUUGAAAGAGGGCAGGCAGGCGGAACACAUGCCAUCCUUUGUGUUGCAGGAGACAGAGGGGAAGACUAUGACUGAUGUACGUGAUAUGGUUUGGAACUAG